AAGGCCCUAGCCGUUCCGCUUAGAAAUUAUACUCCCAAAACUGAAUUGCACUCUGUCCAAACUCCUGCGAGAAAUGGAUUUUUCAUGUUGCCCAACUUAAGUAUUGUAAGGCCACUGCAUUCUUCGGUCAUAAAACACAGCAACAGUUCGUGGAAAGGAAACGCAGCGGCUCAGGAGGGAAAUGAGAAUAAACUUUCUCUGAGGGACAGAUUGAAGUCAGUCGUUCAAGAGUAUGGAACCACUGCAAUAGUGUUUCAUGUUUCCAUUUCGCUCACUUCACUUGGGUUAUGUUAUGCCGCUGUGAAAAGGUUAGUUGCCUUUUAUGUUUCAUUCUAUUUUUAAAACAGCUUUUACCUGUAGUUGUGGACUUUGCAUAAAAUUUAAAUAUAAAGCCUCUUGUUCAAAAGGAAAUAUAAGGAGAAUUUACCUACCUUGUUUUGCAAACAGGUUCACUGGGAUAAUUAUAUUUAUUUAAAGAGAAACAAGUAGGCUGCAUUAUUUGUUUAAAAAGUCUUAUCUUCAUGUCCUAGUGGAAUCGAUGUUCAAGCAGCUCUCCACAGUAUUGGUGUAAGUCCAAAAGUCAGUGAUUCUUCUGUUGCAACAGAGGCAAGUACAUUUGUUGUGGCAUAUGCUUGUCAUAAAGUGUUUGCUCCAGUGAGAAUGUUAAUGACGAUUACAUGUACCCCACUGAUUGUCAGAAAGCUACGCAGAAUGGGAUUUAUGAAAGAACCCGUCAAACAGUAA